AUGAGUCUACAAGAGGAAUUGGAAAAGGAGUACAGGGAGAUUCAAAGGGCCAUGGCCAGAAAAACACGGUCAAUGGGAAGGCCGGACAACCCAAAUGAACCUGAUGAUCACCCAAUUAACCCGGCUCUGUGCGAGUCGCCCACAAGUCCUGGUCCCGGCUUGAGCAGUCCUUCAGGCUCCGUAUCAUCACGACGGACGAGAGACUCCAGCAGCGGGAAGUCUGGUUCGUCUCCCAUGUCUUCGGCGUCAAGCUUGAACGAGCAAUCCACAUCCCCCGCGACAAGCAUCACCAGCCUACCGUUCUCCUCGACUUGCCCCUCUCCAUGCGUCGCCUUCGCCAGCCGGCGGUCUGUCGAGCUCAUAAGAUUUUUCUUCAACGACUAUUCACCGCGUAUCGUCUUCACUGGUCUUGCCAGCGAUAAUGACUGGAGGCAGCUUCUCCUCCCUCUGUCAUUCACCAAUGAAACCUUCAGGAAUGCCAUCUGCGCCUUCGUGAGUGCUCAUUUAGAGGCCAUGGAUAUCAUCACAGGCAAAGGUUCCCUUGAUUUCCACAGAGCUGCGCUCUUUGGCCUGUCAUCACAGGUUCACAGCGACUUGUCAGAUGCCACAUGUUCCUUGGCCACUAUUCUGCUCUUAAUCAAGUAUGAAGCGCUCGUCGGGGAGGAUGUUUCCAGCAUCUUAUCGCACCUCCACGCAGCAAACAACCUCCUUGGGCUCUUCCCAGACAUAGAGGACCCAACCAUGUCGUUUCUCAGGCGUACCUUCCGAUCCUACGAUAUCAUGAUCGCCCUUUCGCAGGGCUGCAGCGCAGUUGCCGACUCCCGACCAAUGUCCCAACCCCCCUCCUCGCCUCUCCAGUCCCCCCAUCCUCGUCCCGAAAGCCCCCCCGACAUCAUCGACCAAGUCUACGGCGUCUCAGCCGACCUCUGGUCCAUCCUCCACCGGCUGUGCGACCUGCGCCCCCUGCUCGAAGAACUCGCCGCGGCCUCGUCCCCAGAGAUGAUGCAGGACGGCAACCACCUCAAAGCCGCCGUCCUCCGCGGCGAGCUCGAGUCGCUGUGCGCAGCCACGGAGAAGGCCCUGGCCGCAUGGCAGCCCGCGCCCUUCUCCAACCGCGCCCUCCACCACCACGCCCUCGCCUACCGCGACAGCGCCCUCGUCCACCUCUACCGCGCCGUCUACCUCCUCCCGAGCAGCCACCCGGCCGUGCGGCAGCGGUGCCGCUCCUCGCUGGAGCACUGCGUCGCGGCGGCGGCGCACCCGGGGGCCAGGGCGCUCCUCUGGCCGCUGUUCGUGGCGGCGUGCAGCGCCGAGGGGGGCGGCGGCGACAGGUCGUUCGCGAGGUCGGCGUUCGAAUUCAUCGGGAAGAAGCAGGAGAUGGCCAGCACGAAGCGCGCGUGGCUGGUCGUGACGAGGGCGUGGGCCAUGAUGGACGGCGGCGGCGGCGGCGGGCACAGCCCGAACCUGGCGCUGGAUGUGUUUCCGAUGACGAGGAAUUUUGGGAAUAUGAUGAGCAAUGCUGUGAUGCUAUGGUAA